AUGGCUCGGGGCGAGCGGCGGCGGCGCGGAGCAGCGGCAGACGGAGCGCGGGCAGCCGAGAGGGCUGCUCGGAGCGGCUCGGAGAGACGGGGCGGCGGGCCCCGCGGGGCGGCCGGAGGGGCGGCUCUGGCCGUCGUGAUCUUGUCGCUGGUCCUGGGCCUGUCAGGGCGCUGGCUGCUGGCGUGGCACCGUGCCCGGCGGGCAGUCACGCUGCACUCCGCCCCUCCGGUGCUGGCCCCCAACUCCUCCAGCCCCGCCGUGGCCCCAGACCUCUUCUGGGGAACCUACCGCCCGCACGUCUACUUCGGCAUGAAGACUCGCAGCCCGCAGCCCCUUCUCACCGGACUGAUGUGGGCGCAGCAGGGUGCGACCCCAGGGAUCCCUAAGCUCAGGCACACGUGUGAGCAGGGAGACGGCGUGGGGCCCUAUGGCUGGGACUUUCACGACGGCCUCUCCUUCGGGCGGCAACAUAUUCAAGAUGGGGCCUUAAAGCUCACCACUGAGUUCGUCAAGAGGCCUGGGGGACAGCAUGGAGGGGACUGGAGCUGGAGAGUGACUGUAGAGCCUCAGGCUUCAGGAACCUCUGCCCUCCCUUUGGUCUCUCUGUUCUUCUACGUGGUGACAGAUGGUAAGGAAGUCCUAGUGCCCGAAGUUGGGACCAAGGGGCACUUGAAGUCCAUCAGGGGACAUACGGAUGAACUUGGUGAUUUCCGCCUUACGCUGCUGCCACCAACCAGUCCAAGGGAUAGUGCGCCCAAGUACAGUAGCUACAAUGUCUUCUGGUCUCCUAACCCAGGACUGCCUCUGCUGACAGAGAUGGUGAAGAGCCGCCUGAACAACUGGUUUCAGCACCGGCCUCCAGGGGCUUCCCCUGAACGCUACCUCGGUUUGUCAGGGUCUCUGAAGUGGGAGGACAGAGGCCCGAGUGGGCAAGGCCAGGAGCAAGGGCAAUUCUUGAUACAGCAGGUGACACUGAAAGCCCCCUUCUCUGUGGAGCUGGUGUUUGAAUCAGGCAGUGCCCAGGCAGGAAGCAGCCAAGCCCAGGAGAGGCUAGCAGGCAGUCGGCUGACACAGGCGCUGGAGCACCAUGCUGACACCUUUCGAGAGCGCUUUGAGAAGACUUUCCGGCUGAAGAAGAAAGGCCUGAGCCCAGAAGAACAGGCUUUGGGCCAGGCUGCCCUGAGUGGCCUGCUUGGUGGAAUUGGCUAUUUCUACGGACAAGGGCUGGUGUUGCCAGACAUGGGGGUUGAGGGUUCUGAGCAGAAGGCAGACCCAGCCCUCUUUCCACCUGUCCCUCUUUUCACAGCCGUGCCCUCCCGGUCAUUCUUCCCCCGGGGCUUCCUUUGGGACGAGGGCUUCCACCAGCUGGUUGUCCAGCGCUGGGACCCCCGUCUCUCCCGAGAGGCCCUCGGUCACUGGCUGGGGCUGCUCAAUGCUGAUGGCUGGAUUGGACGGGAGCAGGUGCUGGGGGAUGAGGCUCGAGCUCGGGUGCCCCCUGAAUUCUUGGUGCAGCGGGCGGCGCACGCCAACCCCCCAACCCUGCUUUUGCCUGUGGCUCACAUGUUAGAGGGCAGUGACCCUGCUGACUUGGCCUUCUUCCGCAAGGCCUUCCCCCGCCUGUAUGCCUGGUUCUCUUGGCUCCAUCAGAGUCAGAUAGGGCCAGUACCGCUCUCUUAUCGUUGGCGGGGCCGGGACCCAGCCCUGCCAAACCUAUUGAACCCCAAGACACUGCCCUCAGGACUGGAUGACUACCCCAGAGCUUCACACCCUUCAACUGCUGAGCGGCACCUGGAUCUUCGGUGCUGGGUGGCACUGGGUGCCCGUGUGCUGCUGCGGCUGGCAGAGCAGCUGGGGGAAGCAGAGGCAGUUGCCAACCUGAGCCCCUUGGCUACCUCAUUGGAGGCAGAGGCAAGCCUGGAUGAGCUGCACUGGGCCCCGGAGCUGGGAGUCUUUGCAGACUUUGGGAACCACACAAAAGCAGUACAGCUGAAGCCUAGUCCCCCUGAGGGGCUAGUUCGGGUAGUGGGCCGACCCCUCCCUCGAAUGCAGCAUGUGGAUGCCCUUGGCUACGUCAGUCUUUUUCCGUUUUUGCUGCGGCUGCUGAGCCCCAGCUCCGCCCGCCUCGGGCCCCUGCUGGACAUCCUAGCAGACAGCCGCCAUCUCUGGAGCCCCUUUGGUUUGCGCUCCCUCGCUGCCUCCAGCUCCUUUUACGGCAAGCGCAAUUCAGAGCACGAUCCUCCUUACUGGCGGGGCGCCGUGUGGCUCAAUAUUAACUACCUGGCCUUGGGGGCACUCCACCAUUAUGGGCAUGUGGAGGGUCCACACCAGGCCCGGGCUGUCAAGCUCUACAGCGAGCUCCGUGCCAAUGUUGUGGGCACUGUCUGGCGGCAGUACCGGGCAACAGGCUUCCUUUGGGAGCAGUAUAGUGACCGGGAUGGGCGGGGCAUGGGCUGCCGUCCUUUCCAGGGCUGGACCAGCCUGGUACUAUUGGUGAUGGCUGAAGACUACUGAAGAGGUGGGGGUAGUAUGCAGGCCCCCUUUAGACCCAGAGGCUUCUGCCCUCAGAUACCAGUGCUUCAAAGCCUCAGCUCAUCUCAGGUGUCUACUUCCUGCCAUCCCACAGCUCUGGGAUGAAUGAGUUCAGAGUCUUAUUUUUCUAAAUAAAUUAGUAAAACAUG